AUGCUGCGGCCCGGCGGGCGCGGGCUCCUCCUGGGCCUGGCGGCUGCGGCGGCCGCGGCGGUGGCGGCGCGGCUGGUGGGCUGGUGGGGCCCCCGCGCCGGCUCCCGCCUCUUCACCCCCGGGGAGCUGGCCGGCCACCGCGGCGGCCCCGGGGAGCCAGGCCUCUACCUGGCCCUGCUCGGCCGCGUCUACGACGUGUCCUCCGGCCGCAGGCAUUACGAGCCCGGGGCUCCCUAUAGCGGCUUCGCAGGCCGAGACGCAUCCAGAGCGUUUGUGACUGGGGACUACUCUGAAGCAGGCCUUGUGGAUGAUGUAUCUGACCUGUCACUUUCUGAGAUGCUGACACUUCAAAAUUGGCUAUCAUUCUAUGAGAAAAAUUACAGAUUUGUUGGAAGGGUGAUUGGAAGGUUCUAUGGAAAGGAUGGGCUACCCACCUCGGAACUGGCCCAGGUAGAAGCCCUGAUCACCAAAGGCUUGGAGGCAAGCAAGCAGGAACUGGAAGAGAAGAAGAAGUUUCCACCAUGCAACACGGAGUGGAGCUCAGCCCGGGGCAGCAGGCUCUGGUGCUCCCAGUCGAGGAUUGAAGAGCCCGGCCUUUUUGGUCACAGCUUCGCCACUGCAUGA